UGCAGCUAGCUCGAUAUAACUGUCAAUCUGGGUGUAGAAAAUUAUUUGUAAUUUUCACCGGUUCUCAUGUGUAAUUUCCAAAUGUGUUAGACUAUUUUUGAACCUAUACCAGCUGGGAAAUAAUGUUCUAUAGUGUACGUGGUGCUUGAACUUGUGCAAAGAUGGAUGACGGUAUGGUAAAGAUUCAGUCCGGGAUCAACAUCAACAUAAAAAGAACAGAUGGGCGGAUUCACUCGGCGAUCGUCUCGGGAGUCAAUUUGGAGACUCGGUCGGUGACGGUCGAGUGGUACGAGCGUGGCGAGACCAAGGGCAAAGAGGUGGAGAUCGAUGCCAUUCUCGCGCUCAACCCGGAGCUGGCGCCGAGGCAUCACACGGCGCACCUCCAACCCAUGCCCAACAAACUCGCUAGGGAUAUGACGAGACAGUCCAUCCCAGUGGCCGCCAAAGGGUCAAACUUCGUGUCGGCGCCUGCCGCGCGUAUAACGCGGAACAAUCAGAUGCGUGUGGCGAACGCGGGCGGGUACACGAAUGGGCAUGGUGGGGACACGACGGGCCGUCGCGGCGGCGCAGAGAAUGUGCCUCCGCAGCCACAACCCAACACUAGGAUUACGCAGCAGCCGAUGCCGGCGUCCGGCGGCGGUCGGUCGCGGUCCGGCAGUACUCCAAGCGCUGCCUCCGUACCCCAUGGCAUCGGCGCCCCCUACAUGCCCACAAACCAGCGUCGAAACCACAAGGAGUUUAGCACUCCUGCUAAUGUGGGCGGUGCCAGCGGCCGGCCGGCCGGCGUGACGAGUACGGUGUCCGUGCCGCAUGCGGUCGCUUCGGGCGCCGUGCGGAGAUCGAAUGUCGUCAAGGAAGUGGAGCGACUUAAGGAGAAUCGAGAGAAACGUCGCCAAAGGCAGGCAGAACUCAAGGAAGAAAAGGAAGCCCUAAUGAACAUGGAUCCCGGGAAUCCAAACUGGGAAUUCCUGGCCAUGAUCAGAGAGUACCAAAACACCAUUGACUUCCGGCCGUUGCGGGGAGACGAGCCCAUUGAAGAUCACCAGAUCACUGUGUGCGUGCGGAAACGGCCUCUCAACAAGAAGGAGGUCACGAAAAAAGAGGUAGAUGUGAUAAGCGUGCCGACUAGAGACCAGAUGAUCGUGCACGAGCCUAAGAACAAAGUGGACCUGACCAAGUACCUCGAGAACCAGAAGUUCCGCUUCGACUACGCCUUCGAUGACUCCUGCACCAAUGAAGUAGUUUACAAAUACACGGCAAAGCCCUUAGUGCAGACGAUAUUCGAGGGCGGCAUGGCCACGUGCUUCGCCUACGGACAGACCGGGUCGGGCAAGACGCACACCAUGGGCGGCGACUUCCAGGGCAAGACGCAGGACUGCAAGAAGGGCAUCUACGCGAUGGCUGCCCGCGACGUGUUCGCCUACCUCAAGUCAGCCAAGUACAAGCCGCUCAACCUCAUAGUGUCCGCUUCAUUCUUCGAAAUCUACUCCGGAAAGGUAUUCGACUUACUGGCGGAUAAGGCGAAGUUGCGAGUGCUGGAAGACGGCAAGCAGCAGGUGCAGAUCGUGGGACUCACCGAGAAGGUCGUCGACAACGUCGAUGAAGUGCUGAAGCUCAUUCAACACGGGAACCAGGCGCGCACUUCGGGGCAGACGUCGGCGAAUUCGAACUCGUCGCGGUCGCACGCCGUGUUCCAGAUCGUGGUGCGGUCGCCGGGCAUGCACCGCGUGCACGGCAAGUUCUCCCUGAUCGACCUGGCCGGCAACGAGCGCGGCGCCGACACCUCCUCCGCCAACCGCCAGACCAGGAUGGAGAGCGCGGAGAUCAACAAGUCCCUGCUGGCGCUGAAGGAGUGCAUCCGCGCGCUGGGCAUGAAGGGCAACAACCACCUGCCGUUCCGCGUGUCCAAGCUCACGCAGGUGCUGCGCGACUCCUUCAUCGGCGAGAAGUCGCGCACCUGCAUGAUCGCCAUGAUCUCGCCCGCCAUGUCUUCGUGCGAGCACUCGCUCAACACGCUGCGUUACGCCGACAGGGUGAAGGAGCUGGGCACGUCGGACGCGCGGCCGCGCGCCGAGUCGCCGUCGGCCGACGCGCACGACGUCGACAUGCAGCCCGUGCACGACGACCUGGCGCAGCUGCGCUCGCUCAACGAGGGCGACAUGUCGGCGGAGAUGUACACGUUCCACGAGGCCAUUGACGAGCUGCAGCGCGCCGAGGAGGAGGUGCUGGACAAUCACAAGGCCAUCUCGGAUUACCUGCAACACGCGCUGCAGCGCUGCAACCAGCUGCUGGCCAUGACGCGCGACGUCGACUACGACCAGGACGCGUACGCGACGCAAUGGGAGGAACUCCUGAACGAACAAUUAGCCGUAUUGAACCAGUCACGAGAUCUCGUAGCCGAAUUUCGUACCAAGAUGCAGCAAGAGGAGCAUAUCUCUCGGCGUAUCCAGCCCCCGCCAGUGAGGCAUCACUAGCCUCCGCUCGUUUCUACGUAGACUACGCUACAACCCCAUGCCUGUCUGUGUCACUGUUGCAUUUGUCGAUAAAUGCCUGUCGUACGCGUACGUGGCGUCUUUGUGUUGUCUAAAGUGUAUUUGUAAUUCUAAUUAUAAAGAUUUUAAAUUAUGAACAGUUACAAAACAAAGACAAAAGUUUUUUUUUAAAUGUCUUUGUUUAUGUGUCAUGGGCGGUUGGACUGUUAUGUAAAUCCAUCUUAUUAAUUGUCAAAAUAAUGACGUCUAAUAAAAGUUACGUAGUUCACGAAAAGAUCUCUAGAAAACGUAACUAGUUUAGACUUAAAAUCAACGACGCUACGUAUCGUAAUUGACCAGUUGAACUGAAUGACGGUAUUCACAACAUGAAAACGAGCGCGACAAGCGCAAACAGUAUUUGUUAUCGAGCGAAAAUAUUGUAGCUGGCCUACUUUGAUUUUUCGCUUAUUAAUUCCGUCAAUUCGCCACAUGCUGUGACAAGUCGUGAUGUGUUGUGACAGGUUGUGUAAUGACAAGCUUGGUGUACUAAACUGUGCCGCCGUGAAAUGAGAGACUGUUUUAGAGGUGUUAAAGCACAAACGCCCGAAUUCAUUGCACUGGGUUCAACAAAAUAAUUCGCUGUUUGUACAUGAGUUUGUUGUCUGUGGAUUUUUGCUUCGUUUCGUACACAGUUUUUUUUAUUACCUGGUCCCAAACGAGAGUACCAGAUUAACAAAAUUUACAAAUUAGUCGUACCUGGAAUCGCAUCCGGGAUUUUAAUGCCAAGCGUCCGUGAUGCUAAGCGCUAGGCCACUAAGACCCGACUCCCACUGACUGACAGGACUAGUUACCUAUGUCUGCUGCCAAGCAGUAAUGUCGGUGGGACUUGUCAACAUAUGUGCGUCUCAGGGUGACGGGCGCAAUGCAACUGCUCCUCAGAUCUUUGCGAUUGAAAGCUCUUGAGUGGCGCUGCAACUGUUACGGAUAGGCGUGUAGCUUACCAUCAGGUGCACGAUUUGUCCGUCCCGUCACUUAAUAUUUAAAAAAAAGUAAUAUACCUUAACAUUAUGACAUUAUAGUUGCAAUUUCAAUGAUAAUGAUCGUAGCUGCAAAAUAAAGCUGCGGUUAUGCAUAAGGAUGCCGAGCUGGCAACCUCAGGGAUGCCUCUGCAGUCCUGGGGAUGCUUCGGUACGCCGAGUGCAAGUACACGGGUAUCGGGGUGAGGGUAGGCAGAAUGCUUUGCCAAGUCCCUUCAGUGGGCGCCGGGCCUAAGGAUGCCAUAAAUUUUGAGUUAGGACGGUGAUCAGCCACUUGUCCAUUUAAGCCUAUUUCCAGAGACUGCUCCGUCAUGAGUUGAAAUACAAUACUUAAGCGAUCCGAUAACGCAAUUAAUCUUGGUAAUUUAAAAGACGUUUUACGUUACUACUAAGUAGUUUAUGUAAAUGCGCGUAAGUUACAUUUUUGUUUGCCUUCAGAUUUUGCUGAAACAAAGCAAAGUUUUAUUAUUUAAGUUGCUGUAAUAACUGUUUCUAGAAUAAUUUAUUAUUUUUUUAAAUCAGAGUGCAGUAUGCCUUUAAAAAACUGUGUACGAAACAAUGGUGCACAGAGUUUAAACGAUUUAAUACAAAGACGGGUGCGAGAUUGAAUUAAUAUUGUAUGUUUCUUUUAACAUAAGUGAUUUUGCAUUUAACUCAUGGCCUAUUAGAUUUUGGAGCGGCUGCUGUGUUGAGCGGGACUAGAGCUCAAGUUUUAUGUCUUUAUUGUCGAACAAACGACCAGUUAACUUAGACACUUGCCAGUGUUAGGUAGCGCGGCAGUUCUAGUUAUCGUCGCCUCAGAGGGAAAACCACGCAUAUGCGUUUUUACGUAGUUCGUUUUUACUGAUUUUUGUUGAAGAAAAACUUAUAAACUUCUCGGUCAAAUAUAUUGUUAAAGUAAUAUGGUAUCUGAAAGAGGUCUACGUACGUUGUUGCGUUUACAACAUUUUAUUUUACACCACAUUUUUAUCUUCGUUCUGAAAAAUUACAUAACAUACGAGAUUUUCGCUCUAAGGUGACGUUAUGUUAGAUAUUGCCUUUUACAAGUCGAAAAGCCAGACUAAAUUGAUCUCACAAAACGCUUGAUACAAGCAGACGUUCUUAUACUUUUGUGAUGAGUAAAGACGGGAUGUUCCAUGACAUUUUUUUGUUUAAAUGUUUCUUCGAAGUACUCGACAUUGUGAAGUGUCGUAGCCCAAGUGAGAAUUAACGGAUAUUGUAAAAAGAGGACAUGAGAUCAUAUUAUGUGAUAGAGCAAGAUGGAAACAACGGAGAGAGCCCUUUUCGUUGUCAAAGAGCAACUCCAUCUUUCUCUAACCAGUGCAGUUGUAGUCAAAGCUCCUAUAGAUAGAAUAAUGAAUUUACGUGUACUCAUAAUUAACAUUAAGAAAAAAUAUUCAAUAGUUACUAUUUUGAAUAGAAAGAAAUAGAAAAUGCUGUAUUUUUAAACUGGACUUUAUUGAAAUUUAAAUAAGAGCACGUUUGGUUGCUACUCAGUACAAAAUAACUGUGUGCAAAAAUAGAAAAGGCUACGACAUACAUUAAAAACAAAAUUACACUUAAAAGUAUUAAAUUUGAUAGAUUCCUUGUGAAAUGUUGUUAAAAUCAGUGUAUAGAAGUUAUUUCUACAUAUCUUUAAAUUUAUGUUAUUGGUGGAAGAAGACAGGACAAUGAUAGCGUGUUCAACCAGUCUGGUCAAAACAGCUCAUAAAAAAUACCCAGACUCGGCGCAAAAGUAAUGAAUCUCAGAUUUUAGAAUAAACAUUGUCAUAAUAUUUUGACUUGUCAUCAUCGCUGAAUAUGAUUCAUUUUAAACAAGAACGAUUAAAACUUAAUCCAAGCGUAACACGAAAGGUGUGUAUCGCAGGUUUUAGACAUUGUUAUAAUAUUCUAAAUUAUUAUCAUUGUUGAAUUCAGUGGUUAGUAUGUUAAAAAGUGAGUUCUAAGAAUGUGUCUUAUAAUUGUGGUUAUUCGCUAUGACCACCCUAAGUAUUGUUUUAUUAAUAGCUUAUAGCUCAUAGCUUGGCCCUGGAGCGCACUUGGCGUCUUCGAUAGAACCAACUCGACCAGAAAAUUUCUGUUAAUCGAGACAAACAGACAGGCAAGUAACGUAAUGAAGACAUUUCUUAAAAAAUAAUUCGUUUCUAAUAUGAACACCUGAAAAGCUUCCUUGGAAAAAAGACGUGUCAGCCCCUGAAUCCAAUGGUGACUAUAUUUCAUCUAAAAUUUGAGAUAUGUUUAUUUUGCAUGUUAAUCUUGACUUUUUGUUGCUUGUUCUUCAGUUUAAAUAAGUAGCGCUUUUUGUUCCAAACGUAGUCUAAAUUGUUUUUAUACGAUCUGUUUUCGAGUGUAUUGUAGACGGAUGGUUGACACAAUUGUUGGUCCUUGAUGAUGUUCUAAGUUGAGAUUGCUUCCCAUUCCAUUUACUAUGAGAUUAGGCGUGAUAUGGUGCUAGCAAAUAGUUGUCUCGGACUGAUUUACUUGUGUGCUUUCUUUACUCGUUGAUUAUGUUAACAUUGAUCCAUGACGUGGUACGAAUUGCAAAGCUGUUUUAAAACCCGGUCCACCAAUUGGAUAGCUUAUUUUAAAGGCGUUAUGAUCGAAAAUGAAAUUUGUUUCUGGUCAUGUAUUGACAGUAAAACAUCCGUGCCAUUUUAAAACCAGUUUCUUGCGACUGGAUAAUGACCAGAUAACCUGUUAGAAACAACCACGAUUCCUGGCUGGCUACCUUCUGCUUUCGAUUGCUUUCUGCAUAUAUCUCAUUCACAUUUUUGAUCCCUGACCAUGGGUAACCUAUCACAAAGUCGAACAUUUUUUUGUCCGAAAUAACGUGUGUUCGAAAUUUCAUUACACCGAAAACCGAAUUAUAACGAAACAGUUGUUCUUUCAGGAUAUGUUGGAAGGUUUGUCGC